CUAUGGGCCUUCGUUUCAUCUUCUCCGGUUUCCCAUCGCCUUCCACUCCCAUGAAAGGCAAUUUCCGGUGAUGAUGAGAUUGGCGGCGGCUGCCACGUCCACCAUCAAGCCGCCACAUUCCCUUUCAUUUCUGUCAGGUAAACCAUUAUCAUUUUCGAUUGCUUCGUCACCUAUCCUCGAGGACCCUGCUACUCCUAAGGAGCUCUAUUCUCAGCUCCUCUCUCUCCUGUCCCUCCCGAAUUGGCAACAAAGCCAUUCUCUCAAGAGACUAUUACCUUCUCUGUCCCCUUCUCAUAUCUCCUCUUUUAUCUCUAGAAACCAGUCUCUCGAUCCACGUACUGCUGUUUCCUUCUUCGACUAUCUCUCUCGUGUCCCUUCAUUCAAGCUUGAUGUGCAGUGCUAUUUGUCACUCCUUCACAUUCUCAUACCCCGUAAGCUGUUUCCCGCCGCCGAUCGAAUACGCCUUUUGAUGAUUAAAUCCUGCGAAAGCCCGGAUGAAGCGAAAUAUGCCGUUAGUUUGUUUCUGGGUAUGCAUAAUAUCGAUGAUCAUGAUGAUGGUGGCGGCAGUAGUCUAAAAUUCAAAUUUAGGCUCAAUGUUAGGUCUUUUAACACGAUGUUGAUGUCUUUGUCGAGGUUUCUGCUGAUUGAGGAUAUGAAAUGCUUGUAUCUGGAGAUGUUGAGGGUUAAGAUUUCACCUAAUAUAUACACUUUCAAUACUAUGAUAAACGGGUACUGCAAACUGGGCAAUGUGACUGAAGCUGAGAUGUACAUGAGUAAGAUCUGUCAAGCUGGAUUGAGUCCAGAUGCUCACACAUACACUUCGUUCAUCUUAGGUUAUUGCAGGAAAAUGGAUAUAAGCAGUGCACGUAAGGUAUUCGAGGAAAUGCCUCAGAAGAGUUGUCCAUGGAGCCAUGUUACCUAUAACAUUUUGAUGCAUGGGUUGUGUGAAGCAGGAAAGGUAGAUGAUGCGUUGAAGCUGUUUUCCCAAAUGGGGGUUGAUCAUUGUUGUCCAAAUGUCCGGAGCUAUACAAUUUUGAUUGAUGCAUUGUGUGAAUUGAAUAGGGAAGUGGAGGCGCUGAAUCUGUUUGAUGAGAUGGUGAAGAAAGGUUGCCAACCAAAUGUCCACACUUACACUGUUCUCAUUAAUGGUAUGUGUAAAGGAAAGAAGCUUGUUGAAGCAAGAGGGUUAUUAGAUGAGAUGGGGAAAAGGGGUCAAGCUCCUAAUGUGGUAACUUACAAUGCUUUAAUUGAUGGGUACUGUAAAGUGCAAAAUGUUGAUUCUGCAAUGGAGAUAUUCAACUUGAUGGUGUUAAAUAAGUGUAUGCCAAAUGUGCGCACGUAUAAUGAGUUGAUAUCUGGAUUUUGUCUGGUGAAAAAGGUGCACAAAGCAAUGGGGCUACUUGAUAAAAUGCUUGAACAGAAGCUCUCUCCAUCUGUUGUCACAUACAAUCUGUUGGUCCAUGGACAAUGUAGUGAGGGCCACAUAGAUAGCGCUCUCAGAUUGCUUACGUUGAUGGGUGAGAGUGAUGUGGCUCCAAAUGAGCAGACCUAUGGUCCUGUGAUCAAUGCAUUAUGUGAAAAAGGCUGUGUUAAACAUGCUCGUUCCAUAUUUGACUCCUUGAGGGAUAAGGGUGUAGAAGCAAAUGAUGUGAUAUACACCUCUUUAAUUAAUGGUUAUUGUAGAGUAGAAAAUCUUGAUGUUGCCCUAACUUUGUUCAAAAGGAUGCUUGAUGAGCAAUUCAUUCCAAAUUCAAGCACCUAUAAUGUAAUACUUAGUGCUUUAUGCCAAAAAAAUAAGCUCCAGGAAGCCACUAAGUUGUUGGAAAGUAUGGAAAAAAGAGGAGUCAAACCCACUGUAGUUACAUACAGUAUUUUGAUCGAGAAAAUGCUAAAAGAUAAUGAUUUUUGCGGUGCUUAUAGGGUUCUUGAUUUAAUGGUGUCCUUGGGAUCUAAACCUGAUGUCUGCACUUACACUUCAUUUCUUGUGGCAUAUUGCAACCAAGGGAAGUUGGAAGAAGCUGAAAAAUUGAUGGCGAAAAUGAUAAAGGACGGGGUAACGCCAGAUUUGAUGACGUGUACAGCAUUAAUGGAUGGGUAUGGACGUUUGAGAUUACUUGAUCACUCCUUUCGAACUUUUAAAUCUAUGGUUGGUGCUGGAUGUAAACCUUCUCUGUAUACCUACUCAGUUUUAAUCAAGCAUUUGUUACAUGAAAAUCGAAUAGCAAAAUGUUUCAAUAGGUUUGAUGUUGGAUCUAUAAACAUUGCGGAUGUGUGGAAAAUAACGGAUUUUGUAACUGUUGUCGAAUUGUUUGAAAAAAUGGUGAAACAUGGCUGCCCUCCUGACACAAAUGCGUAUAGUACACUGAUUUAUGGACUUUGUAGAGAAGGACGCUUUGAAGAAGCUAUGAUGCUUGUUGAUCAUAUGAAAGAUUGCGGAAUGUCUCCUGAUGAAGAUAUCUAUAACACACUGAUAAGAUGUUGCUGCAAGUUAAAAAGGUAUGAUGAUGCAGCAAAUUUGGUUGAUACAAUGGUUAUGCAUGGUUAUUUACCACAUUUUGAGGCCUACAAAUUCCUUGUAUGUGGACUCUAUGAAGAAGGACGUAAGGGAAGGGCUGAGGAAGCUUUCUUAAAGCUCCUUAACUGUGGUUAUAAUAAUGAUGAAGUUGCAUGGAAACUGUUAAUUGAUGGCUUACUUAAGAGAGGGCUUUCUGAUAGAUGCUCCGAGGGUUUGGGUAUCAUGGAAAAAAACGGUAACCUGAUUCAUCCUCAAACAUAUACUAUGCUGAUAGAAGGACUUAUUCAAACAGAAGGGCGUGCAGAAGAAUAGUAAUGUGCUCAAUUGAGAAUCUAUGGAGCACCUUCAUGCAUUGAUUCUUACUUCUGCAAUGAUUUGUAUGCAGUUUCCAUGCAAAUUAAGUAAGCCGUCAAUUAACAGUUUCCAUGCAACUUCAGAGAGGGCCUUCUGAUAGAUGCUCCAGCCGUCAGUCAUUAUUAAUGUACUAGAAACAUCAUUUGCUUCAGAUAACAGUGGGGUGCUGGUUUUAAUAGUCAAGGAGCUGGUUCAUGUUAUGCAAUACUUGUUGGAUAUUGAUUAUGAACCCAAUGAAGAUAAUCUUGAAAGGUUAUGGGGAACAGUGAUAUCAUUUACAACAUUUAGGUACUCUUUGGUGGGUGUGCCUGAUCAGGAUAAGUUAUCCGUGGAGAUACAAAAUCUGGGAUGUAAAGUGGUUCACCUCUAUAGCGAACUGAGACAGGUGAAUACACCCAUCUUUUCACUAUGCAAAGCAGCUAGAAGCUCAGUAAUACUUCCAGAAAGAAGCACUCAACCAUAUAAGGCUUCAUUUAAUAAUGCAUUUACUUGUCCAUAUGCUGCCCCGAGUUCAGACUUUCUAUUAGUAGUGCCAUCAAGUCCAUAACAGAGGGACAAGCUAGUGGAUGUAUCCGGCAGUUAAUAGCUGAUUUUUUAGAAUCAUUGGAGUGGAUGAAAACUACACCUAUGCUUCCUGCUGAAACUGACCAAAUAAAACAAGCUAUAAAGAAUCCUGUGGGACAGCUCUUAAGGAGAAACAUUUACUUGACAUGUCACACAUGGAAGGUUUUGUAGAUGAAAAGAACAAAUAUUUUUCAAAGCAACUUGCUGCUUUAAAUGGUGUGUUCAGGAAAGCAGCAGAGGAUGACACCCCAGAUGAUUUAUAACCGUGAUGUGGGAUACUCAAACCACCCCACAAGUCCAGGCCAACCUGGACAAUAGUAAAGUGAACAAAUGGGCCGAAAUCAUCUUCAAACCGGCUGCCCAAGCCAUUUCGUAGGUGGGUGCCUAAAAACAACCAUUGCUCCAAUCAUGGUACCAGUGAAAGUAUGCUGAUGCAUUUUACGGAAAGACUUAUCAGCGCCGCAAUAUCAGUGGCAGAUCCUGAGCUGAUUAAGAAGUUCAUUAUGGAAGGAUAUUAAAUUCCUUUACAGCAGAUUUCUGAUUUAUUGUUCGAUUGCUUUCCUUCAUUAGAUUAGUUAAUUACUUUCCUUAGUUAAGCUGAUCUGCAGCUUUAUUGCUUUCCAUCAUUUGAUAAGUCUAUUUUAAGAAUUGAUUAAUGUAAUCCUUUCCUUCCUUACUGGUUCUUGUAACCCUUACUAUAAGUAGGGAUUCCUGCUUUGAAUAAUGGACUGGCCAGAAUUAAGUAUUAUCAAGGAGAAAGGAACUCCAUAAAAUUCCUGAAGUUCUAUCCCCUUCCCUGCCUUCCUUAUUUUCCAUUAUUACCAGCAAAAAUAGAGGGAUCUCAUCUCUCUGUCCUCACCAAUCGCCGGUUGACGCGAGCUCUAGCCCGGGAACAUAACAUAUGCCCAGCUCACCCUAGAAGCAUCCUCAAGAUGCGACAGUUACAGUUAUGGGCAUGUGUAGGAUAUCAGUACUAGAAUUAUGAAUGCAAUUCAUUAGUGUUAUUAGUUUCAUAUUAGUAAUCAGCAAUACUAGUUUCUUAUUAGUAAUACAUAGUAAGAAAUACUAGUUUCUUAUUAUUAGAGUUCUUUUUAGUUGACAUUGCUAAUAUAUAUGAAUAAUGUAAUGCAUUUAGCUUGUCCAUAUGCUGCCCCGAGUUCAGACUUUCUAUUAUUAGUGCCAUGAAGUCCAUAACAGAGGGACAAGCUAGUGGAUGCAUCCGACAGUUAAUAGCUGAUUUUUUAGAAUCAUUGGAGUGGAUGAAAACUAUACCUAUGCUUCCUGCUGAAACUGACCAAAUAAAACAAGCUAUAAAGAAUCCUGUGGGACAGCUCUUAAGGAGAAACAUUUACUUGACAUGUCACACAUGGAAGGUUUUGUAGAUGAAAAGAACAAAUAUUUUUCAAAGCAACUUGCUGCUUUAAAUGGUGUGUUCAGGAAAGCAGCAGAGGAUGACACCCCAGAUGAUGUGCCCAAUUACUUAUGUUGUAAGAUAACACUUGACAUUUUACGUGACCCUGUGAUUACUCCAUGUGGGAUCAUGUAUGAGCGGUCAAAGAUCCUUGAACAUUUGGAGAAGGUGGGGGGAUUUGAUCCGAUGACUUCAAGAUCCCUAUCUGCAUCUCAGUUGGCUCCAAAUUUAGCCAUUAAAGAAGCAGUGCAGGCAUUUUUGGAUAAAAGUGGCUGGGCUUACCAGAUAGAUAACUAUAGUUAACAUUUUGGUGCAUGGUAGAUACACAUAUCAUUAUGUCAUUCAUACAGUUUUGUUCAGUGUAUAUGUUUGGGCUCUUGUCUGUACAGUGAUUACUGAUUAUGAUGAUGAUAUUUAUUUAUGUACAACAUAUACUGCACACUUUUCUUUUUUUGCAUACAGACCAGUAGUUGAGAGAGCUGAAUGUAUGUGAGGGCAUUUGGUGUGCUAAAAAUGGGCUCAGAGGCACAUG